AUGUCCAUCUACCGCCAGCUGGCCACCAGGUCGCUGCGCUGUGUCGCCGCAAGGACAGCUCCGGCCACCGUCGGCUCCGUCUCGGCCCUCCGUUUGGCCAGCGGCUAUGCCCUCAACCGCGACCGCGACAGCAGCCGCAGCAACGCCAGGUCGACUGGCCGUAGAUCCAGGGCGCCGCAACAGGCCUUUGACAAGCCCAACAACGACGCCAUUGAAGAGCUCACCCGCUCCCGCGAGCCCAUCAGGCUCGAGGUCGAGAGCUUGCCAAGGCUCAUCCUCAACCGCGUUGACGAAUGGGCAGCCUCGGAGCGUGUCAAGGCCCGCUGCGUUGCGUUCGGCUUUGACAGCCAAGCCGCCACGGAAUGCCUGGACGCCUGGACGUUCAAGAUCAAAGAGGACCUUUUGAUGUGGGACGACAAUGGCGAGUCGUUGAUUACCCAGAUGGCCGCCCGUGGUUGGGACGCCAACGCGCUCAUCCUCGCGUACGAGUCGGGCAACUUUGCUCGCGAGUUUGAGAAUGCCUUCCUUCGCAACUUUAUCGAGUACGCCGCUGAGAGCGGGCCCCUGUUUAUCCAGAGCCACCUCAAGGCGCUCCUCGAGGCCACCGACGUCUCCCGCCACGCGCAGACCUAUCUCCAGGCCCGCAGCAUCAACCGCCACUUCCACUUGCACAUGGGUCCCACCAACUCGGGCAAGACUUACCAGGCACUCAAGGCCCUGUCGCGCGCCAAGACGGGUGUCUAUGCUGGACCCCUUCGUCUUCUCGCCCACGAGGUUUGGGAGCGUCUCAACAUGGGCAGCGUUGGCGACCUCAACGGUGAGGGUCGCGCCACCAACCUCCUCACCGGUGAGGAGCGCCGCAACGUCCACAACGCCGGCCUCGUCUCAUGUACCAUCGAGAUGCUGCCAUUCUACGGAAACGCUGCGGCCGAGCCUUGGGACGUUGUCGUCAUUGACGAGAUCCAAAUGAUGGCAGACGACCACCGUGGUGGUGCUUGGACCAACGCGGUCCUUGGUGUCAACGCCAAGGAGGUUCACCUGUGUGGUGACGAGACAACCGCCCACCUCCUCCAGUCCAUGGUCGACUCGUUCAAGGGCGACACCCUGACCAUUCACCGUUACAACCGCCUGACGCCUCUUGUCGUCGCCCCGGAGAGUCUGAAUGGCAAGUACGAAAACGUCCAGCCCGGUGACUGCGUCGUCACCUUUUCGCGCAACAACGUCUACUCGGUCAAGAAGAACAUUGAGGGAACCCUCGGCAAAAAGUGCGCCGUCGUCUACGGUGCCCUUCCACCAGAGACCCGUGCCGAGCAGGCUCGCGACUUUAACGAAGACGAGGGACGCUCGCAGGUCCUGGUCGCCUCGGACGCUGUCGGUAUGGGCCUCAACCUGAAGAUUGGCCGUGUCGUCUUUGCCAGCAUGACCAAGUUUGACGGUCAGCGCGACGUCCCCCUCUCCCUCACCCAGGUCAAGCAGAUUGCUGGUCGUGCAGGCCGUUUCGGCCAGGGGCGCACCACCGUGGACAACGAGGACGAUAAUGCUGCCACCACCGACGAGGUGGCCGCCCCCGGUGGCGUUGUCACUACCUUGCACGCUGCCGACCUCCCGCUUCUCCGUGCCAUGCUCCCUCUCACCCUUCCUGCCGUCACCCGCGCCGUCUUUGAGCUUCCCAACGAGGCUCUGACGUCCAUGCUGCCGCUUGUGCACCCCACCACCACCUAUGCCGACUUGCUCGACCACACUGCCGCUCUGGCAAAGCUCCCCCCCAACAUGGUCCUCUCCGAGACACGUAACAGGCUCGCGCUUGCAGAGGUGCUCGAGGAACAGCGCGACGUUCUCACCGCCACCGACAUUGCGGUCUUUAGCAAUGCCCCUGUCAACACGCGCGACCCCAAGGUGGCCGGCAUCUUCCAAAACAUUGUCCAGGCCUACGCCACGGAUUACCACGUCGACGUUGAAGAGGUCUUGAAAAAGUCAACCCUGCUCCACACUCUCAAGACGGUCGAGGAGACUCUGGCCGCCCUCCCUCCUCUGCCCCCUCAUCUCGGCAUUUUCCGUCAGUACCUUGUGCCCCCCAUCACCGUGGGCGGUAUCCCGCUCCUCGAGUCGCUGCACAAGGCCUUGGUCCUGUACAUCUGGCUGUCGUUCCGCUACAGCCUCGCGUUCCCAGACCGUGAACUCGCCACUGCGUACAAGCUCCGCACGGAGAAGGUUCUUGAAAUCUGUCUCGAGCGCCUCCCCGGUGUCCGCCAGCUGAAGAGCGCCGAGCGCACAAAGGAGAUGGACAAGGAGCUUGCCCUCUUCCGUCGCAAGUAUGUCGACAAGCACGGCCUCGUCAAGCCCAGCAUCAAGUGGGUCAACCAGGAGCAGGAGGAGCGCAUGAGGAAGAUGAAGAGGUGGAGGUCGGCCGCCACCGAGGCCGACGAGGUCACCGAGAUCCACGACAGGACCCACAAAACCGAGGGCUCGAUCCAGCAACAUCACCCCAAGCAGUUCAACUACAGGCAAAUCAGCGAUCGCGGCUCGUCUUGGUAG